AGAUAUUAUUAGAACAAUGGUGUCGAAAGAUGAAAAACCAAAGCAAUCAGGAUUAUUCAGUGUAGAGAGUCUACUUGAAACACCCAAACAAAAAUGUCGUGAAGAUUUACCAAAACCUACGCCAAUUACGCCAAAAACUCCUAUGCUAAUACCAGGAUUACAUCCUAUGACUCCAUACUUCGGCGCUCAAUUGGAUCCUGUGAUGAUAUAUUUCGCUCAGACCGGAAACCGGCUGCCAAUAGUAAGCUCCGACAGUUCACCUGAAUCCUGUGCCUCGUCUCCACUGUCUAUGCAACAUUCACUUCAAUGGCUAUCAUCUCAGCGAGAAGAUUCACCAACUAGCGAUGACGCCAAGAUUCAAAUAGGGCUUUCCAAGUGCAUGUUAAGGAAACACAAGAACAAUAGAAAGCCACGUACCCCAUUCUCUACUCAACAACUUAUUUCUUUGGAAAGAAAGUUUCAAUCAAAACAGUACCUGUCAAUUGCGGAAAGAGCAGAGUUUAGCGCAUCAUUGCAAUUGACAGAGACACAAGUCAAAAUUUGGUUCCAGAAUCGAAGGGCUAAAUCAAAAAGACUACAGGAAGCUGAAGUGGAAAAAGUGAAGUUUGCACAGGCCAGUGCUUACGCAGCAGCUGCAGUUGGCGGAGCACCAGAUCCAUCCAGCAUUUUGGCAUUUUACCAACCUCAGUGGUAGUGACCGCAUAACAUCACUUCCUUUUCCGCGGUGACAGAAAUACCCACCGUCAUGUCUACAAUGCAUGCCUUAAACCGUGCCUUAAAGAUAGGCAAGACCUACUUUGCCAUAAAAGUUACUGUGACUCCACUAGAGAGGUUGCCUUUCGAACAAAGUAGGCAUGCUUUGUAGACACGUAUGUGGGCAUUUUUGUCUUACUGUAUAAUACUUAUCCCUCCCAAAACCUAGUCUCUAAACCAGCCAAUAAGUCAUUUCACAAAAUUGUUAAUUACCAUUGAGCCUACCAAAAUUGAAUGAUUCCUUCACACCUCUUGAUUGGCCUCAAAAACAAUGCUCAACAUUCAGUUAUUAGUCCGGUUCCAACAAAAAAAACUAUAUGCAAUUCCACAUUCCUGAACUUGUUCCCCAUUUCUUUCACAUUGUGUUGUGGGCUAAUUCGCUUUUCAUUUUGCACAUUUUCUUUAUUCGUUAGCAAACUGUUUUAUUAAUCAUCUAAAGUUGCAAAAUACAUGUGAUCUCUUUAAAAAUGAAUAGGUUAAAAACUUAAAUGUUUAGCGCCACUUGUUUAUAUUUCCUUAUGUCAUUCUCCCUGUUUUUAUGUUUCCCAAUACACUAGCUUUUGCUUGUAAUUUUGCUUACAGAAACAAUUUUUUUUUAAUUUACUGUAAUAAAUAAUAAUGCAAACAUUAAUA